AUGGCGACGGCGAUGCUCGAGAAGUUUUCUCUCAAUCCAGCAGUGGCAGCAGCAGCGCCACGAUCACCGCCAUCGCCCAUCGACGACGAUCUCCGCCAGCAAGACGAAUUCGCGAGGGUGCUACGUUCUUGCUCGAAAACCCGGGAUUUGGUCCGUGGCAGGGAAACGCACUCGCAGAUCCUCGCCAGCUCCCAGCGCCACAGCCGAUACCUCCGCAAUCUCCUCAUCGAGAUGUAUGGCCACUGCGGCGCCAUCGUCGACGCUCGCAAGAUCUUCGAUGGCAUUGCCUAUCCGAACGUUUUCUCCUGGAACAUCAUGAUGGCCGCCUACAUCCACAACGAUCGCGUCCGCGACGCGGAACUUGCGCUGGAGCUCUUCUCCAAGAUGCCAGGCCGCAACCUCGUCUCCUGGAACGCGAUGAUCGCCGCCUACGUCCUAAACGCCCGCGACCGCGAGGCCGCGGAGCUCUUCCACCGCAUGGAUCAAGAGGGCGUCGCGAUCAAUCACUACACCAUCGCGAGCAUCCUCGAUGCCUAUGGAAACUUGGGCGAUCUCGCGAGAGGGGAGCUCACGCACAGCAGGGCUGUCGCUCGCGGCGACGAUGGCGACGUGAUCGUCCAGACCGCGCUGAUCAUCAUGUAUGGCAAGCUCGGGAGGGCGAGUGACGCGGAGGCGGUGUACCGCGCGGCGCCGCCGGGUGACGUAGUGGCGCUGAGCGCUAUGAUCGGAGCUUAUACCCAGAGCGGGGAUAUCACCAGCGCGAGGAGAGUGUUUGAUCGAUCCGCCAGCCGCGACGUUGUGGUCUGGACUGGGAUGGUCACUGCGCUCGCGCAGAGUGGUGAUCUUGAGGAGGCGCGGCGGCUCUUCUCUGAGAUGCCGAUCCGGAACGCUGUGAGCUGGUCCGCGAUGAUCGCAGCAAAUGCCCAGCACGGGUAUGGCAGGGAGGCGAUGCGGCUGUUCAAGCUCAUGGAUCUCGAGGGGGAGUUUCCACACCAGCAGACGAUCGGCAGCCUCAUCGAUGCUUGCUCCGCGGAUCCGUCCAUGGCCGAGGCCAGGAUCAUCCACUCGGUGAUCCACGACAAUGGAUUCAAGCUCGACGUGAUCCUGUCCAGCGCGCUCAUCAACAUGUAUGGGAAGUACGGGAGCCUGGAUCUCGCGCGGGAGGUGUUUGAGACGAUGGAGCAGCGGAACAUCAUCUCCUGGAACACGAUGGUGGCGGUCUACGCCGAGAGCGGGCAUGGCGACGAGGCGCUCUACAUCUUCUCGCGCUUGCAUCUCGAUGGAAUGGUGCCCGACGACGCCACCAUCUCGAGCGCUCUGGCGGCGUGCUGCCACUCGGGGUUGCUCGAGGACGCGCGGUGCUUCUUCCACUUGAGCCACGAGUAUGGCUUGCAUCUCACGCUGGAGAACUACGCUUGUGUCAUCUUUCUCCUCGGGAAGGCUGGGAGGUUGGCGGAUGCCGAGGAGCUCAUACGCACCAUGCCGUUUGAGCCGCGAGAGGCGACCUGGAUGACGCUGCUCAGCGCUUGCAAGACGCAGAGGGAUGUGGAUCUGGGAACUAGAGUCGGGCAAGCAAUCCUUGAUCGUGAUCCAGACAAUGCCGGACCUUAUGUGCUAUUGUCAAAUGUUUACACUUGA